AUGGUUGAUAACAUCAACUACUCGACCCCCGGAGAAGGGAAAGCCGUGCAAAGGGGACCGGGGGCCUUGGUUAAAGGCCUUUAUGUUGGUUUCGCAACUGUUACAAGAGAUAUAUUCUCUAAGAGAGUAUUUAAAUAUCCACAAGAUUGUGGCAUCCCUCCCCGCGAAAGAAUUAUAUUAAGCGGUGCAUCUGCCGCCGUCAUCGGGGCAACUUGGGGCGCAGUCAUAGGUGGGCGGAGAAACCUGAUCCCGGGCUUCAUUACUUUUGGAAUAGCUGGUGUUGGAGGCCAGGUCGUUCUAAAUGCUAUCGAAGCCUCUGCAAAGCAAGAUAAGUUAGGUGGUAGCAAAGAAUGGUCAUCUGAAGCGCCGCCGAGAGAAGGAAUACUUUCCAGGAUUUUAAAUUCUGAGAAUAGCCCGGUCCGGAAACUAAGCAGCGAGGAGUACGUUUCCAAAAUGAGGGGCAAACAAUUGAUGGUUGAUGCAGAGAUUGCUUUGAUUGACGAAGAAAUUGCGAGAUUGACUAAGAAGCUGGAGGAGGAAAAUGCCAGGAAAGGAGUUGAGAGUGAUUCAAAUUAG